AUCUUUGAGCCUCCACUAAGUCUUCGCCAGCUUCACUCAAGAUGCCACCAGCCAUCGGCGGCCCUGUGGGAUACACCCCCCCUGAAGGAGGGUGGGGAUGGGCCGUGGUCGUCGGAGCCUUCAUCUCCAUUGGGUUUUCCUACGCCUUCCCCAAAUCCAUCACUGUGUUCUUCAAGGAGAUUGAGGUCAUCUUCAACGCGUCUAGCAGCAAAGUCUCGUGGAUCUCCUCCAUCAUGCUGGCUGUUAUGUACGCAGGAGGUCCCAUCAGCAGCAUCCUGGUGAACAAAUACGGCAGUCGGCCUAUCAUGAUUGCUGGUGGCUGCCUCUCGGGGUGCGGUUUGAUUGCAGCCUCUUUCUGCAACACUGUGGAGGAGCUCUACUUCUGUGUCGGUGUCGUAGGGGGCCUUGGACUUGCAUUUAACUUGAACCCAGCCUUAACUAUGAUUGGCAAGUACUUCUUCAAGAAACGUCCCCUGGCUAACGGACUAGCUAUGGCAGGUAGCCCUGUGUUCCUGUCAACCUUGGCACCUGUGAAUCAGCUCUUCUUUGGCAUCUUUGGCUGGCGAGGGAGCUUCUUGAUCCUUGGUGGUCUCUUGCUGAACUGCUGCGUAGCUGGAUCACUGAUGCGGCCGAUAGGCCCUAAGCCAGAUCAGCUGAAAAAAGAGGCCACUAAAGAGGUGUUGCAGGAAGCUGGGAAAGCAACGAAAAAAGAUGAUGGAGCUGGUGAUACUAACACAGACCUCAUUGGUGGAAAGACCAAGAAGCAGAAGCGCACAGUUUUCCAGACAGUCAACAAGUUCUUGGAUUUGUCCCUGUUCACACACAGAGGCUUCUUGCUCUAUCUGUCGGGCAAUGUGAUCAUGUUCUUUGGACUAUUCACUCCCUUGGUCUUCCUCAGCAAUUAUGCAAAGAGCAAGAAGAUCGCUAAUGAGUCUGCAGCCUUCUUGCUUUCCAUCCUGGCCUUUGUAGACAUGGUGGCCAGACCUUCCAUGGGCCUGGUGGCAAAUACCAAGUGGAUCAGACCCAGAGUCCAGUAUUUCUUUGCCAUCUCUGUGAUCUACAACGGGCUGUGCCACCUCCUGGCCCCCCUGUCCACCACCUAUGCUGGGUUCUGCAUUUAUGCUGGGUUCUUUGGCUUUGCCUUUGGUUGGCUUAGUUCCGUCUUGUUUGAAACCUUGAUGGACCUCGUGGGAGCGCAGAGGUUCUCCAGCGCUGUUGGCCUCGUGACCAUUGUGGAGUGCUGCCCGGUGCUUCUGGGACCCCCUCUCCUAGGUAAACUCAACGACAUGUACGGGGACUACAAGUACACGUACUGGGCCUGCGGGGUCAUCCUCAUCGUGUCCGGGAUCUACCUGUUCAUCGGCAUGGGCAUCAACUACCGCCUGGUGGCGAAGGAGCAGAAGGCAGAGGAGAAGAUGAGGAACGAAGGGAAGGAGGAAGAGACCAACCUCGAGGAGGCCGAGAAAGAGGCGAACAACGACGUGGCCACCCUGCCUCAGAAGAGCACGGAAGACGGCGUAAAAGAGGAGGAAAGCUACAUGUGACGGACUGGCUUUAAUCCCAGAGCGUCGGAGGGAGCACCGUUGCCCCGAAAUGGUGUCGGGGGAAGUGCUCCACUGGUAUUGAGCGGCGGUGAGAAGCGUCUAAACCAGGUGUUCAUUUUUAACCAGGCUCUGAAUUGUCUUUUCAUCUGUGUUCAACAAAGGUAACAGAGCUACGUGUGCAGUAUCCUCCUGCGCUGGGGCGGGGUGGGAAACUUUUUAUAUUCUGGCUUUUUAACAGUAACAUGAAUGUACUAAUAUGUGCCUUAGGGUCUUCAUAGCUAGCUGAUUUUGGAAGAGCCUUAACUCUACUCUGUAAAUCAUGCUGUAGUUCUGUAAUCUGCUGGGAGUACGGGGUGUGUGGGGGUGUGUGUGUGUGUGUGUGUGUAUUUUGGGGGAUUUGUUGUUAAAAAGCCAUAAAAAAGCAGGAUACUGGAUUUGUUGAGGCACGAUGGGCUUCAGGGCCAAGCCCCGAAUGAAUACUGCUUCACAUGCUUCUUACUGCAGGCUCUCCGCGGAGAUCUGGGCAUGGGGUAGGGUGGUCUCAAACUCGCGUGCCAGAUGCCUCCUAGCUCUGUAGGUGGUCUCUAGGUAUGUUUUGAAAACACUUUAGCUACUGUAGUUCUUUAAAAAUUCCUCUUUCAUAGUUACCUUCUCAUAGGAUAUUCGAGUUGAAAAAGGAUGGCUGACGUUAAUGGCAGGCAGGGUCUUCUGCACGGGCGCACCUGCUCCGAGGGCAGAGCAGACCCCUCAUGGGCAUUCGGUCCUCCCCCCGGUCGGUGUGGGGAGGACGCAAUUCACGUCUUCCCCGCUGCCAAAUCCUGUCUCCGUGAUGCCUCUUCUCAAAAUAACACCGUGUGCUGCGAAACGGGUACCAGGGCAGGAGGUUUGGCGGCGGGCGGGUCGGGUGGCCACUGCCGCCGGGCACCUGGUAUCUGGCUCGCGGGCGCUGAGCAUCCCGCUCCCAACGGGUGGCUGCAUGCGCUCACCCCUCUGCAGCGUGAAGGGCCCGCUAGACUCGACCGUCAUUAACGCAUCCCUGACAUAGGUAUUCUGCUUCUGCUUUUUUAUCUAUUGGAGAGAAAAACCUCUUUUACUUGCUUCUGUUCAACUAAGAUCUUAAGGUGAUGCCUAACCACUCACAUCUAGGACAUGUAAAGGGGAGGAAAGAAUUUGUUUGUACGUAUUUAUUUUUUUUAAGUAAGUGCUGGAAAAUAUCUCAACGUACGUGGAGCAGACUGCCUGUGACUAGCAGGUUAAUGGCUCUCAAGUUCUAGUAAAUGUUGAUCAGAAAUCUUGUAAGAGGCUGAGUAUUUUUUUCAAAUAAACUUGUUUUUUUAUAAUUCA